GAGUUGAGCGUGUGAGCGCGCGCGCAGAGGGAGGGGGGAGAGCGUGCGCGCGAGCGAGCGGGAGCGAGGAGGAGGAGGAGGGAAGCGAGCGCGCGAGAGAGUGCGGAGCGCGAGAGGGAGAGCGAGUGCGUGAGCAGAAGGAGAAGGCGAAGGAGCCGAGCGGGCGGACGGACGGAGGGAAGGAAGGAAGGCAGGCAGGCAGGAAGGAGGCAGGGCGGGCAGAAGGCCUGACGACGGCUGCUGCUGAAGGAGGAGGAGGAGGAAGCAGCAAGGGGCGAAGGAGGACGAGAAGAUGGCGGACGGGGACAGCGGGAGCGAGCGAGGGGGCAGCGGGAGCGGCAGCGGAGGAGGAGGCGGCGGAGGCGGCGGCGGAGGAGGAGGCGGUGGUGGCGGCGCCGGCUUCCAGGGACACCGCGGAGGAGGAGGAGGAGGUGGUGGAAGCGGCGGCGGAGGAGGCGGCGGCGGCGGCAACCCGGAGCAGGAGACGCAGGAGCUGGCCUCGAAGCGCCUGGACAUCCAGAACAAGCGCUUCUACCUGGACGUGAAGCAGAACGCGAAGGGCCGCUUCCUGAAGAUCGCCGAGGUGGGCGCGGGGGGCUCCAAGAGCCGCCUCACGCUCUCCAUGGCCGUGGCCGCCGAGUUCCGCGACUAUCUGGGCGACUUCAUCGAGCACUACGCCCAGCUGGGGCCCAGCUCGCCGGAGCAGUUGGCCCAGAGCUCCCCGAGCGGAGAGGAGGGCGGCGGAGGCGGAGGGCCGCGGCGGGCGCUCAAGAGCGAGUUCCUGGUGCGGGAGAACCGCAAGUACUACCUGGAUUUGAAGGAGAACCAGCGCGGGCGCUUCCUCCGCAUCCGGCAGACCAUCAACCGCGGGCCUGGCGGCGGAGGCGGCGGCGGCGGAGGCGGCCCAGGCUUCCCGGGCGGGCCUCCGGGACUGCAGAGCGGGCAGACCAUCGCCCUCCCGGCCCAAGGCCUCAUCGAGUUCCGCGACGCCCUGGCUAAGCUCAUCGACGACUACGGCGCCGACGAGGACGAGCUGGGCGGCGGCGGCGGCGGAGGGCCCGGCUCGGGCUCCGGGGGCCUCUACGGCGAGCUCCCGGAAGGCACCUCCAUCACGGUGGACUCGAAGCGCUUCUUCUUCGACGUGGGCUGCAACAAGUACGGCGUCUUCCUCCGCGUCAGCGAGGUCAAGCCCUCGUACCGCAACGCCAUCACCGUGCCCUACAAGGCCUGGGCCAAGUUCGGCGGCGCCUUCUGCCGCUACGCCGACGAGAUGCGAGACAUCCAGGAGCGGCAGCGGGACAAGCUCUACGACCGGCGGGCCGGGCCGGCGGGGCCCGGGAGCGGCAGCGGGGCAGGGGACGACUCCGACGCCGACGACGUGGACGACGACUGAGCCCCGGGCCUGCUUCUCCCCCCAUCAUCCUCCUCCUCCCUCCCCAGAGAAGGACAGAGAGAGAGAGAGCCUGGAGAUAGAUCUCUCUGCACCAGGCAUGGGCAAACCUGGGCAAGGUGUUUUGGACUCCAACUCCCACCAUUCCUAACAGCCUCAGGCUUAAGCGGCUGAGUGGGAAAAGGAAAGGGCCUGAGGCUGUUAGGAAUGGUGGGAGUUGGAGUCCAAAACACUUUCAGGACCCAACUUUGCCCAUGCCUGCUCUGCACCCUCCAAACCUUUCCCCUGCCUUUUCUUUUCUCCUUCUUCCCCCUCCAGAGAAUGUGUUAUCCAAGGUUGUCACUGGGUUGCUGUGAGUUUUCCUUGCUGUCUGGCCAUGUUCCGGAAGCAUUAUCUCCUGACUGUUUUGCCCCCAUCUAUGGCAGACAUCCGCAGAAGUCAUAAGUUCUGUUGGAAACUACUCAGUUGGGGUUUAUAUAUCUGGAAUAACGUCCAGGGUGGGAGGAAGAACUCUUUGUCUCGUUUAGCAUUGCAAAACCUUGCAGCUUCGAGCCCCGGGUGCAUCCUGCCUGGGGAAUCCUUUGUUGGGAGGUGUUAGGAAAAGGUAAAGGUUUCCCAUGACAUUAAGUCCAGUCGUGUCCGACUGGGGGUUGGUGCUCAUCUCCAUUUCUCAGCUGAAGAGCCAGCAUUGUCCGUAGACACCUCCAAGACCAUGUGGCUACUGGCAUAACUGCAUGGAGCGCCGUUACCUUCCCACCAAAGCCGUACCUAUUGAUCUACUCACAUUGGCAUGUUUUCGAACUGCUAGGUUGGCAGAAGCUGGAGCUAACAGCAGGCGCUCACUCCGCUCCCCGGAUUUGAACCUGGGGCCUUUCGGUCUGCAAGUUCAGCAGCUCAGCGCUUUAACACAAUUUGCCACCAGAGGCUCAGCUCUAAAUGAUCCAUGAAUGGAAUUCCCCAGUUUUUUGAGUGUUGUUCUUUAUUUACUUCCUGAUUUUGGAGUUUUUUUUAAUACCGGUAGCCAGACUUUGUUCAUUUUCAUACUUUCCUCCUUUCUGUUGAAAUUGUCCACAUGUGUGAGGAUUUCAGUGCCUUCUCUGCGUAGUCUGACAUGAAUCAAGGCACAUGGAAGGCACUGCAGACUAACUCAACCAGAGAAGUCAGCCAUAGCAGAGCACUUGAUGAACCAGCCAAAUUAUUUGAGAACACAGGAAUGCUGAACCACUCCAACAACCACUAUGUCAGACUACGCAGAGAAGCCAUUGAAAUCCGUAAGCAUGUGGGCAAAUUCAACCGAAACGAGGAAACCACGAAGAUGAACAAAAUCUGGCUACCAGUAUUUAAAAGCUCUAGAAUCAGGACAGUAAAUAAAGAACAACACUAAAAAAAAUCUGAGGAGUUCCAGACAGGGAACAAUCCAGGCCAGUUAACACCUCCCAGCAAAGGAUUCCCCCAGGCAGGAAGCAGCCAGGCUUUGAAAGUGCAGGGGCUUUCAAUGCUAAUCAAGAUGGCCAAUGGCAACAUUCACGCUUACUUCCAACAGACAAGAGUUCUUUCUCCCUGGACAUUAUAUAGAUACAUAAACCCCACGUGCCUAGUUCUCAACACCUCACAACGUCUGAGGAUGUAUACCAUAGACGGGGGUGAAAUGUCAGGAGAGAAUGCUUCUGGAACAUGGACGUACAGCCUGGAAAACUCACAGCAACCCAUAGCCUGGAGAUCUCCCUGCAAAGAUCCCCACCCAGGGUCUCUCUGCACCCUCCACACCUUUCCCCUGCCUCUCCGCAUCUUCGUUUCCCCCUUGGGAUUAAUGACAUCCUCAGAAGAGCCCUGCAUCGCCCUCCUGCCCUGCAAAGAGGGACCCCAUGACCUCCUUUCACCCCAUCUGAAGAAAGAGGGUCUUCCCAUUCAAAGUCUACCUACCUAGGGACUGAAAUGCUUCUAUUUUUUAUUAUUUUCGAAGAAGAGAGAGGGAGGGAAGGCCCUCUUUCUCUCCCACUCUUUCUGUUUUUGAGAUCUCUUUGCCCUCCUCUGCUCUUCUCGAAGCCAGCUCUGCAUCUGUGGCCCUUGAGCUGGGCUUGAAGGAAAGAAAGUCAGGAGAAGCUGCCACCACUGAUCUAGAGGGGUGAGGGAGGGGUGCAAGUUGUUCAUCAUCGCCAGUCAUCGAGGUCUUAGCCCAGCAGGAAUUAGGGAGGGGGCUUAAAAUUGUCAGGGGGGGACCUAGAGAGAAGGAAAGAAAGCAACCACCAGCCCUUCCCAGAAGGAAAAGGGGGAGCCUGUAUCUGGACCAACGUCCAUCAUUGUCUUCUUUUCCCCUUUCCCUGGAUCAUUUGUUUUCUUUCCAAAUUACAAAUUGCUACGCUCCAGGUGCCUGAACUGGAAUUGAUAAGUGAAUUACUCUAAAUCUGGCAGGUUCUGAAAGAACUUUCAUGGCAUUUAUUCCCCCUUUGUAAACAAAAUAAAAAAUAAAUGGGGAUUGCAAACAGGCAGGUUAAAGAGAAACAGGCAUAAAGCACAAGGAAUGCAGAGUGGACUGUUGGCUGCUCACUGAGUUCUUCCCCUUCUCUCCAAAUAAGGUGAAAGAGCAAAUGGCUUUCGUAGGAGGUGCAAAUGGGAGCUGCUUUCCCACAGGCUUUAAAAAAGAUGAUCUAGUCCAGUGAAGUGGAAUCUAGUUUGUAGGCUGUGUUUUUUGGAAAGCAACAUCUUAAAAUUGUGAUGCGAGAAAGGAAACACAGCUUCGGAUGUGUGAGAAGACUGAGAAGGAAAGCGAAGGCUUCUUUCAUCUUGUGGACAUGUUCUAUGGAAACAGACGCUGAGAACCUCAGGUCCAGAAGUCUAGCAUUAGUUAUGCUUUUAACGAGAUUUUUUUUAAAAAAAAACAAAAAGAACUCGGUCCAUUUUUUCUCAGUACCUCACCGUAUGUCCACAGCAAAGUUGGCAAGAGUGGUUUGAUGGAAUGGAUUGUUCAGAGCAAUGCAUGUCCUGAGGGAGCUUGAGAUUCAUUGCUAAGAGGGAGCAGAAAGCAACCAACAAACGUUCUGCAACUCCGAACGUAUCCGAGCAGCAUUUUACCACCUUCAAAUUUUAUUAUAGACUGGCUACUGCCAAUUUGUCCAGCUGUCCUUCCCAAAACAAAGUUGGGUCUCCCCACCCAAAGAAUUGCCUCAUCUAUAUUUUAAAUGGAUUCUUACCUAAAAUGAUAUUUUUUUAAAUCGAAUGAAUUUAGUCCUUUCCCCUCUAAAAAGGUGUUUUUAGAUACAUUAUAUACUAGUAACUUUGAAUUGAAUGGGAAUAACAAUGUUCAUUGCAAAGUUUCAGGUAUUAUUUGUGCGACAUCUUAGAGGCAGGUAAACCUUCCUCUACAAUCUUUUUUUUAAUUGUGCAUGCCUGUCCUUUAUUUGAGCUGCCUUUUUAAUUUAUUGCAUACCCUUAUCACCUUAUUUUUGGUAUUACUCUUAUCUAUACUGUCUUUGUUUUGUAUUUAUUAGAAAGCAAGGAGACAUGCAAAAAGCAUUUCCUCACUCAUUUGUGGUGGUAGUGCAGAAAUUGGCUGAAAUAUUCUAAAAAACAAAAUUUGAUUUUCCUAUAAUGAUUGUAAAGAUCCACAAAUAACGUCAGAAUAGUUUACUUCUAAAUCUUCAGCCACACAUAUGAUUGUCUACUUUAAAUUGCUUUCUUUACUCCCAGCAUCCACAGUAGAUAUUUUUAUGGUAUCUUUGAAGAAACUGUCCUUUUCCAUUUUUCUCCGUCGCAAAGAACUUGUUUCCUGAAUUGUAAUGGGAGCAAUAGUAUUUCUUGAUGUUUUAAUUACAUCUGUAUACUUGUACUGUAUUUUGUACUCUCCAAGGCAGCUGUUUUCAAUAAUGUCCUGCUGUAUUUAUCUAUGUAUUUUGUUCAAAUGUAUGUAGUUCUUUGCUUCGGAGAACAAUUUUCACCAACAAAAAAAAAUCAGAUUAACUGAGAUACUGCGGUCCUCUAGGAUUGCAGAAAACUUUGCUUAACUAAUUAGAACUCUAGGCAGCAAUGAAAAUUGAGGCUGCAGAUGCUUGGUGUAUAUUGCUGUAACUCUUCACUCAUUUUAAAACAGUGUACAGUACUUGUAUAGACCAACUAUGUUUUGUUGCUUCAGUGGUAAUUGGGUUUUUCCUUUUCCUUUUUGUUGCUCAGCUGCUGUGAGCCAAUUAAGUUCUUGCAAAGAUGCAGUACCUCUCCUUUAUAGGAGGAUGUUUGGGGGGUUGGGGGAGCUGAAUUGCAGUAACUAGCCUUACCUUUGUAUUACGUGGUAGUGACAGGGUUUUGACUGUCCCUGGCCAGUGACUACACAAGCUAUAAUUAGCUGCCUGAGAAGUGUGUGGAAGUGGACAGAAGCAUAUAUCGGUCGUAUGCCAAGAAUGCCACUGCUGUAUAUGGUGUUGGCUUUGGCAAUCAUAAAAGUCUCCAUAGUCAUUAGACCAGUUAAACCAACGUAUAUUGAAUACCUAGAGGUGCAUAGGUGGUGACAAUGCUAUGUGUCACAAAAAGGUUCUAAAUUAAAAUCUUGGAUUUGCUUGUGCCCUGCUAGUAUCGAUAGUAGGCUUUGCCAUUUUGAUGAAUAUUGAGAUUUAUCUUAUCAUUGCAGACUAAUGGCCAGGCCUCUUGCUAUGGAAAAUUGGUCCAGGUGGCAGAAGGCCUUGUUAGGUGCCAGGCUUUACUGAUGAAAUCAUUCCUUGAGAUGGUUGGAGAAUGGGGGCAGUGGGGAAAGUGGCUUGCCCCAAAUCUGAACCUCUUUGGCCCCUUACCCCUCAGUGGAACCUGAAACUUCAGUGCUUGAAACAGUGGAGACUGCAAACAUUAUUUCAAAGUCAUUUGGAAGCAUUAAUUGGCCUCUAAUGAAAAGGGAAUAAGUAUUUACAUAGGGCUGUCCAAAAUCCUCCCCCCCCCCAAAAAAACCCCACAUUUUAAAAAUCACACUGCUCUGUAUUAAGUUUUUCUAAAUUCUAAAUUGACACCUUUGUGUCUGUUUAGAAUGCUGUUGUCUGUGUGAUGGGUAUAUUCGGGCUCAUUGGGAAAACAAGAUUACCCAGAUUAUAUCUGAGAUGAGCAAAUCUUGUUUAUAUUCUUGUGCUGAAAUGUCAAUUUGGGUAAGAGCUUUUCCAUUAUUGGUGCUGCAGUUAACACAUAUCCUUAAUUAUUUUUCCUGCAGCAGUGUUGACAAUACCUCAGUGCAAUUUGCAAGCUGCUACAUCCAACAGACAUGUGAUUAAGUUAGCUCAAUCCCAUUAAACUUUUUCAAAGUUACUGGAGUUAAUUGGUCGCAUGUUUAGGUAUGUCCAUUGAAGUGGCUUGUGGAUCACACUGUCUUCUUUAAAAUGUAGGUUCUGGAGAGAGAGAGCGAGUCAGAGAGAGAGAGAGAAAUGAGUAAAGUCCCUGGGGAGUUCCUGCAUAUCUGGCAUUUCUAGACAUCUGUUGUCCUUAGAAUGAUGCAUCUGCUGUACAAAUGAAAAUGUAAAUCUUGUAUAGCACCAAAAUGUAAAUAUGUGAGGCAUACAGGUAUAAACACCCGUAGCUUUAGGUCACAUCUAGUUACGGGAUGAUCAUGUUCUUCGUUUCAUAGCUGUCAGCUUGACAGUGAAAGGUUGGUUCUUUUCUCCUUUUAACUCCCAUCAGUGAAAAAGCACCCACUGUUGCUUUCCCUGGAAUAAUCCUUGUAACAAAUCACAGAUCAUUUUUACUGGAAAAAAAGUGAGAUCCAAGCUUCUGCUUUCACUUCUCUGUGCUCAAACACAUUUUAUUAUCCUGUCUGAGCUUUGGGGGGGCAGAGGAGGCAGGUUAUUAUAGUACAUCUCUUGUAUUGAGCAGUCCCAUUGUUGACUGCGUGUUUCAGGCGUUGGAGCAGCUGUGGGUGACUUGUGAUCUGCUCCCAUCAUUAAAGAAGGGGUGGGGUGUGAUGUAUUUGACUACAUAGGACAGUGGAAAAGUGACUGGCUCUGGCUACUUUUCUCUUACGAGGGCAGCGGUGAUUUUUCUGGAAAAUAGUUCAGUGCAUAAAACAUGCAUGGACAUCUCAAACAUUUUAACAGAAAAAUUAUGGUACUUUAUCUGAUGCACAAUUUAAUCUCUCAGCAGAUAUUCAUUUUUUAUUUUUUUAAGAAAACAUGUGGCCUUGACUAGUGGAAGGGAGAAAGAGCUAGUUUUUUCCCCAUAUGAAAGUGGCACUUUUGGCUUCAAAUUAUUCUAAUUCUACAGAAUUCUUAGUAAACAUGCUAUUGACAUGCUUCCUUUUAAAGCAAGCAAAAAUGGCAAGCGUACUGAAAUACGUUUGCUACAAAUCAUUGUUAGUUUUGUAAAGGGAUAGGACCACCAAUCUACUUGGGGCUAACCAUUUAAAACUUAAAGGAUCCUGAUACUCCUUAUUUUUAAGGUAUAUUCAAAUUUUGUUUCCUAAAAUUUACUGUGUAGGCAAUCUUUUGAGUUUACCCAGCAAGAAUCUUGGGCCAUAUCUGCACUAUCAAGAGUGGUUUAUCCUAGAAGAACUUGCUUUAAAUGUGUUCUUUGAAGAGUCUUAAGCUGUGGUUUGAUUAAAGGAGUACUAGAAGAUGUUUGACCUCCUUCACAGGACUGCAUAUUCCUGGAGCGAGGGAAUGACUAUUAACUCUGUGGUGUAGAUCUGGUCCAAGUUGUUGCAUUCAGACUAUUCCACAGUUGGGUGCUCAAAUCUUUCAAAGUCUGUACAAAUGCCAAAUUGUUGGCAGCAAGUCUCAUUGUGUAUUUCUUUCUCGGUUGCUUGUUCACUCUAAUGAAUUUGUGGUGUAAAUACAUAAAGUUCAUGAUAGCUUCCUUCCUCCCCUUGUACUUCUUGAUAGUCAGAUUUCAGAUGUGAUAGGGGUAUUAGAAGUGUUGCCUCUUGUCCUGUAAUGCUACUUGCAGUGAUUUGGCAUCUGCCUCAUUACUGUAGUUAAAUGUUGUGCUUGAGCGUUAGCCAGAUCAUCUUGCUUGUCAGGUGGGGUUUAUUUCUUAAAUGUGCAUAUUUGGGAUGAUUUGUUAGAUAAAUUGAUUAUGACUCGGGAAAGACUGUUAAUACUAGGAGAUAAUUUUUGAGGAACCUCACCUUUGGCACUUUGUGGUUUCUCCCCAGUACAGAAAGAGUGGAGGGAAAAUCAGUGACAGGUUGCUUUUUUGUGGUAUCAUGAGAGAAAUCUCUGGUGGCUUAAACUUAACAGCUGUCUCACACAGGUUUUCCAGCCCAGAGAGAUCUCUUCCAACUCUGGUUUUAUAUCGGUUAACCUGCAGAUGAAUUGGGAAGGAAGAGCUUAACUCCAGUGUGAAGAAAAACUAGGAACUGUGGAAGGAUUCUUAGCUUUUUUUUCACCCAUCCUCUUAGAAGGGUGACACUUCCAUUCUUACUCACCAUUCAGUCUUCUUACUGAUUGCAAUCUGUUGCAUUUCUUACGAGUAGCAUAACUGCCAAAAAUGUUCACUUGAAGAAAAUAAUAUAUUCCGGAAUGUUAUCAAUUGACUUCAGACAGUUAUCACAAUUUCCCACCCAAAAUGUUGAUAUAUUCCUGAUCUCAUCACUGUAGGCCUUCUGUCUUUAACUUGACAAGAAAAUAAUGUUCAAGAUUUCAAUGUUUACUAGAAAUAUCAAUGAAAUUCUGUCUCUUAAAUUCCGUGUAGGGAAAGUAAAAUGUGCUUUGUCAAAGCCGUUUUGUAAUAUGCUGCUAUGUAGCCUUAAUCUCAUAAUGUAUUAUGUGUGUGUGUAUAUGUACAUAUACAUUUACAUACAAAAUAAGCAGCUCACAACUAAGAAACAGAAUUUUCUAGUUUGUGAAGCUAUUGUAAAAAUGCAGGAAAGCUCACUGCUGCUGUCCCCCCCUUCCCACCCCUCCCAGUUUACUGCUGCUCUGUGUAGCCAAGGUAGACAAUUUAAAACUUGUAUAGAAAACCUAAUUUAAAACAGCGCUUACUGCGCAUCAUUUUAACCCAGGCAAGUUUUCAAGGCAAAACGUUUAAUUUCCUGCCCUGUUCUUCUGUGUUGAAAGGCCCAUCUGGUUAGAAAAUCCCAUAUUUGAAUUUAUAUGGGGUUUACAAGAUGAAUAUCGCUUAAUCUUUUUGUUUCUUUCCACUGCCCACUCUUUCAAAUUGGAGUCAUUGGCUCAGGCAUGCUUCCACUUGAUAGAUUGCCAUAACAAAUGGACUCCCAGAUGAUCUGUCUUAUUCAUACUGUGUGCAACACUUCUGCCUUACCGACUCUUUUUUUCCAAGGUGCCCAGCCAGGAGAGGAGGGUCAGGUCGUUGGCCGACUCUGCCAAUAAUGUGAGCUGCUGUUAACUUUUCCCCCAGCCCUUCUGAUAUAUCACCAAUGAGUAAGCAUGCAUAGCUGAAUCCAGAUUCACAUUGCUCUUGAGAUGGUUACGGGUAAACUCUGCAGAAAGAGUGUCUAUAUAUAUUUGUUAAACAUUGGCUUUCAAGCUGAACUCCUAGGAAUUUUGGGAAUUCUUGAAAGCUUUAUUAGUUUCCUCCAUAAGAUAACAAUAAUUAUCCACAAUGCAGCUGCAGCUGGAGGGUUGCAGCAGUCAGAAACAUAACUUCGCUUGGGAGAGGCAACUGUAGGGUUCCAUCCAUGCUCCCUUUGAGUGGAAAACAUGUCCUGGAACAUAUCUAAGAAUCUUCUUUAGUGCAUAGAUUCUACAGUGAAAGUUGAAGGCAGUUAAACCAAGGAGGCAUGGAGUGAUGGUCCUUAUUGUAGGAGGCAGUUGGUUUUUGCAAAUAUUGCUUUGCCAGUUUUGAAGGGCUGGCAGUCUUCCAUGUUUUCAUGAAACCAGUGGAACAAGCACUUGAGGUGGGCUCUUGAGGUCUUCUGCAAUUUCUUGCUGCUUUAGCUGAGCUGGCAUUUGCACAGUAGAUGGAUGAUCUUGAGUACAAAUUCUCCAUUUGGAGGAAGUAGAUGGUACACCUUUGCUGAGUUUGUUGGCUUAUGCCUCCAAACCUUUUUCCAGAGGAAGCUAUGUUUUAUUGUUGCAGGCUUUGCAUAUUGCGUAUACUACCAUCUCUAUGCUAAUAGAUUUCUCAAAAGUGAAGUUAUGAAGAAAGGCAGGGUUGUGGAGGGAUUGGUGCACUUGGAGAUUGGAGCUUUUGCUGGGCUGAAUGUACAAUGUCAGUAGUGAGCAAAUAAUUUGGUAUAGAGUUGAAAAAUGUGAAAGUGAUAUAAUUGAUCAUAUAUGGAUGUAAUCAAUCAACCCAUAUGUAAAUAUACACAUGUUUGUACAUUGUAUACAUAGAAAGAUGUCUGUAUACAUGUGUAUGUAUUUAUAAAAUUGUUUCUCUGCUAGAUAGUAAAUGCAAAAGUAGCUCUAAUUUUAUAUAUAAAUAUAUAUAAAAAUUCCCCUCUAUAAAUAUAUUAUAUAAAUGCUAGAAGUUAAUUUGUAGUAAAAAAUAGGACUAAUUUCAGGAAUAUCUGCUGAGAGACCAAAAAGUUCACUUUUAAGUACCUUAAUUAAAAAAUAAAGUUUAUUCCUCUUGUUUAUUUUUUUAUUGAAAAUUAAAUGCACUUUAACUGGCAACACAAUAACACACAGCUGCGCAUGGUGCAGUUUCAAACAUUUGGAAAUGUUUUCAAAGUGCAGCACCCAUUCAAAAAAUGAAAUAUUCCUUUCUCACCUGUCAAGCAGAGCGCUGGAAGUGAUUUGAAAUCCCAGGGUCUGAGCUGCCUGUUUGUCUUGCUGCCUGUUAGCUGGAACAUAGUAGAUUCUGGUUUCCCUUUUGGGGGGUGGGAGCUAGCAGGACUGCUUCUGAGAGAGCAAUGCAGAGACAGCCAAGGCAGGGCAGGCUGUUAGGCAGGUCCUGGAUUUACCACUAGCUAACUAGCAAAAAGUCCCAACGACGUAAAGAACUCCUCAUGCUAGUUGAGCACUCCUUACAAUAGCAGGUUUUUGCAAAUGGAGUUUUACAGUCUAUAUUUAAAAAUUGUAUGUUUGUAACAAAUAAAAGUAUGCGGAAAAGUGAAUGAACCAUGUACAA